CCCGUCCCGUCCCGUCCUUCCCCGCAGGGCUACUACGCCCGCCGCGGCGGCGUCGGCGAGAGCGGCGACUUCGUGACCUCGCCGGAGAUCAGCCAGGUGUUCGGGGAGUUAAUAGGAAUAUGGUACAUUAGUGAAUGGAUAGCCACUGGCAAGCCUAAGGCGUUCCAACUGGUGGAACUGGGCCCAGGGAGGGGCACCCUUACUGAUGAUAUACUACGGGUCUUCAACCAGCUUGCCUCUUUACUUAGUAAAUGUGAUGUUUCUGUUCAUCUGGUAGAAGUGAGUCCCAAACUCAGUGAGAUCCAAGCUCUGAUGCUGACAGGAGGGCAGCUGCAGUCAAACCCUGAGGACAAAUCUGCUUACAUGAAAGGCAUUAGUAAGACUGGAAUUCCAAUUUUCUGGUACAGAGACAUUCAAGAUGUACCACAAGGUUACAGCUUUUAUUUAGCGCAUGAGUUUUUUGAUGCCCUGCCCAUACAUAAGUUUCAGAGAACACAAAAAGGCUGGCGUGAAGUGUUGGUUGAUAUAGAUCCGGAAGUUCCUGACCAGUUGCGGUUUGUCCUGGCACCGUCCAGCACCCCUGCAACGGAAAACUUUAUUCAGCCUGAAGAAACAAGAGAUCACGUGGAAGUAUGUCCUGAGGCUGGUGUCCUCAUUCAAAGACUUGCCAGUCGUCUAGAAAAAGAUGGUGGGGCUGCUCUGAUUGCUGAUUACGGUCAUGAUGGAACCAAAACUGACACUUUCAGGGGUUUCCAGAAUCACAAACUUCAUGAUGUGCUGAAAGCUCCAGGUACAGCAGACCUGACAGCAGAUGUUGAUUUCAGCUAUCUUCGGAAGAUGACACAGGGAAGAACAGCCACAUUAGGCCCCAUAAAACAACGGGAAUUUUUAAAAAACAUGGGCAUUGACCUCCGGCUGCAGGUGCUCUUGCAGAAUUCACAGGACACAGUAACACAGGAGCAGUUACUUCACAGCUAUGACAUGUUGAUGAAUCCCAAGAAAAUGGGGGAUUGUUUUAAUUUUUUUGCCCUGCUGCCUCAUCACAGAUUUAUACAGCCUGACAACAAACAUAAUCCCCAAUCAAGAGCUCCCCUAGUCCCUGUUGCUGGAUUUGGUGAACUCUUACUGAAGUAAGUUCAAGUACUAU